AUGCCAACCACACCGCCUUCUUCUCCGGUUCGUCCAAUUGAUCCAAUUGCUCCAGUUCUUGAUGAUUCUUCAUCACCAAAUUCUUCUUCGUCCGUGUCUGGUGUUGAUUCAGUCCUCAAUCCAUAUUAUCUUCACCAUACGGAUAACACAGAGCUUGUUCUUGUUACUCAACCGCUUACAGAGGAAAAUUAUUCCUCUUGGAGUCGGUCUAUGCUCAUUGCCCUCUCCAUCAAGAACAAGCUAGGGUUUAUUGAUGGAUCUAUUAGUCGACCGAUUGGUGAACUGCUUCCGGCAUGGAUUCACAAUAAUCAUGUAGUUAUUGCAUGGAUUCUCAAUUCUGUAUCGAAGGAAAUCUCAUCGAGCAUUCUGUUUUCGGAAUCGGCUCGCGAUAUCUGGAUCGAUUUGAAGGAGCGCUUUGAAAAGAGCAACGGUCCUAGGAUUUUUCAAUUGAAGCGUGAUCUUGCUCAAUUGUGGCAAAAUCAACAGUCUGUCAGUCUCUAUUUCACUAAACUCAAAGCUGUUUGGGACGAAUUAAUUCAAUAUCGUCCUUUGUGUUCUUGUUCGUGUGUCUCCUCUUCUCCUUCUCCGACUGCCUCUCUUGCCCUAGCCGUUCAACAUUCGGCCCAUUCUAGCAAGACUAUGACAAAAUCUCUGGCGACUACUUCGAAGGGAAAGAAGGAGAGACCAUUCUGCACUCACUGUGGCCUCUUUGGUCACACCAUUGACCGUUGCUACAAAUUACACGGUUAUCCUCCUGGAUAUCGUUCUCAGAAUUUGCGGUCCUCGUCUCAGGCCUUUGCUCACUCUGCUUCUUCGCAGACCACUAGUGGCUUCUUUAGCUUCUUCUCCUGCUAUGUCGAAUCCUGA